CUCAUUUAUUCUAAGAAACACAAUGAAACGGAAGUACAGCGCAUGAUGUGCAAAGAGGAUGGAUCCAAUUGCGGACGAUUCAAGAUCAAGAUCAAGUAGUCCUGAGUCGGAUGCAACUACCAUAUCUUGUCCUAAUUCGCCUAACAACAGACCGCAUAGACCUGCACUGGACGAUUCAGAAGUGACAGAAGAGUUGACCUUGAUCCUAGAAGAGCUACAAAAUGUACUCGAAUAUAUUGACCAAGGAAUGAUUCUCCAGAGCUUCAAUACGCUCAGUAGACUAACUGAUAUGGCUGUCACCAACUGUGAGAAGCUGGACUUAGUGUCGGACAAAGGCCCAAUGAAUCAAAAAACAAGAUUUUGGACAGCACUCAAUAACUGCUGGCUCUUCGCUUUUUCGCACUACAACAACGCACGCUCUGAGGAUCAAUGUUUGCGAGAACCUCAUUUACACUAUUUGUAUGAUAAUGUCAAGGCUUGGGCUGAUACACUUGAAAAGUAUGGCCUUGUCAAUUAUGAGCUUGGUCUAUGGGAGCAGGACAUAUUAGAAGCAAUUGAGUGUUGCUUGAUCAACACCUUUGCAGUGACACCCACACCUUAAUCACUAAUCAUAAUACUGAAUAGACUAUCAUUUUUAUAUUUUAUUAGAAGUUCACACAAUUAAUGCAAAAUAG